GCCUCCUGUCUUCUCCUAGGCCCUGGCCCUGCCUCCUUGCCUGCCUCCAGCCCCAGCCAUUGGCUCCCUUUGGCUCCGGGAAGGGGACGGACUUGGCACAGCUGCACCGAUCGGGUUGCAAGAGCCGCUGCUGCCGCUCCUUCUGCUCCUUCUUCUUCCUCCAGCAGCAACUGACAUGUCUGGGGAACUGUCCUUGCACAUCAAUAUCAAGGAGCCACGAUGGGACCAGAGCACCUUCAUGGGGAGAGCGAAGCAUUUCUUCAUGGUGACGGAUCCUCGCAACCUCCUGCUCUCAAGCAAGACCCUGGAAGAUGCUCGGAGGGUGAUUGAGGAUUACAGGCUGGGAAAAGUGUCACCUGGACUGACAGAAGACCAACUAUGGCAAGCAAAAUAUAUCUAUGACUCAGCCUUCCAUCCGGACACUGGCGAGAAAAUGAUCCUGAUUGGGCGAAUGUCUGCCCAGGUGCCCAUGAAUAUGACCAUCACUGGAUGCAUGCUCACCUUCUACAGGACGACCCCUGCUGUGUUAUUUUGGCAGUGGGUGAACCAGUCUUUCAAUGCCAUUGUCAACUACACUAACCGGAGUGGAGAUGCCCCCAUCACUGUCAACCAGCUGGGUACUGCCUAUGUCAGUGCAACCACAGGAGCUGUGGUAACAGCGCUGGGACUCAAGUCUCUCACCAAGCAUUUGCCACCGAUCAUAGGACGCUAUGUGCCUUUUGCAGCUGUGGCUGCUGCAAACUGCAUCAACAUCCCAUUAAUGAGGCAAAGGGAGCUAAAGCUUGGUAUCCCCAUUACAGAUGAGAAUGGGAAUCGGCUGGGUGAAUCGAAAAAGGCAGCUGAGCAAGCAAUUGCACAGGUGGUGGUUUCUCGCAUUGGCAUGGCUGCACCUGCCAUGGCCAUUCCUCCUGUGAUCAUGAAUGCACUAGAGAAGAGAGCAUUUCUGAAGCGAUACCCCUGGAUGAAUGCUCCUCUGCAGGUUGGAUUGGUGGGCCUGUGUUUGGUGUUUGCUACACCACUUUGCUGCGCUCUCUUCCCACAGAAAAGCUCAAUGUGGGUGAAUCGCUUGGAACCGGAACUCCAAGCUCAAAUUCGGGAGAAGAAUUCUGAUGUUGAAGUUGUUUAUUUUAAUAAGGGGCUUUGAGAAAGGCUUCCUCAUGCUUCCCUGGUAUGCAGCAGAAGGGAUGGCAAGAAGAAGAACCAGGGAUCCGGUGCUUUUGAGGAGAAAGUUACACUUCGUAAUAGUAUAAUCCCUUGUAAAUGCUGCUUUUUUUACUCGCUGCCAAAUCUUGGCAGGUCUUAUAUGUAUGAUAAAUAACCUUCCUGGAUUCAGGCAAACCAUAGGGUAGAUUGUAAAGUGCGAACAAAGCAGAACCAUUCCCAUCCUAACCCAGUUAGGUGUUAGGACCAGAGUAGUCAUGUGCUCUUAAGCAAACAUGAAUCCCUAUAUUAUGUGCAAGUCACGCAGUGGUGUUUGGUGUGUGUAUGUGUGAAUGUGUGUAGAGAUUUGUAUGUAUAAAGUACCUUGUCAAAUAAUGUUGUAACAGUAAUCAUUCUGGAAUCACUUUUGUAGAGGAGAAUUCAUGAAACACCCUGAAUCCUUUGGUUCUAUUGCGGAAGGCAAUGUCAUCUGCAUUUCAGUUUGCAUCUUGUGUAUUCAGUUCUAAAGAAGAUGUUGUUCUUCUAUGAAUCAGCUACGCAUUUUUGAGAUACAUUAUACAGUAUAUAUUUUUUGCUGCAAGCCAUCUUUAUUUUAUAAUAUUUGCUGAAGAUCUCUAUAUAUUUUAGUUCUUUUAGUAGCAAGUGAAACAUACAAAAGUGACUGGUGUAGCCUUAACAUUACCAAAAAAAAAAAAGUAUAGUGUGACCCUUAAUUAAAUAUGAAUAUAACAAAAUACCCAGGGCCUUUAACAGAAGCAAGUAAUUGAUUAUACAGAGAGAAUGUCUAUGAAAACAGAGAAACAGCUAAAAUUCUAAUAGAUGUGUGGAUUUUCUAUCAAAUCUGUGCUCACAGCUGGAUGUGUGUUUGGAAGAUGAAGCAAAGCUCAAUAUUGGCUCCAACCAAGUCAAGGUGCAUAUUACCCAAAGGCUUAUAGUUAUUUUAGUGUGAGGUAGAAAACCACCCCUGGCAUUCGAAAGAAAACCAUCACAAGUAACUCAUAGUUUACUACCCUUAUAUGACACCCAAAAUCUGCUUCCUGAGAUAGCUGCCUCAUACCAUUUUAUGACAGAGCCAGCCCUGUAUUUGGCUAUGACAAAGACACAUGGAAAUCAGUGGGUGUAAAUCUCAAGUUGUAAAGCAGGAAGAGUUCAGUUGUGCUUUGUAGUGGGCAUGUGUCCUCCUGUUCUUAUUUUAUCUAUUUUCAUAUCAGCUUAAUAUCAUUUCACAAUUCACUCAUAUAUCAGAAUAGUAAUAUACACAGCAAUAUAUAUAGUAAUAUAGCACUUAUAUAUCAGAGUAGAAAAGUAAUGUUUCCAAAUUCUACUCUUAUCUUCUCCUUCAUUUGACUAGCUGCAGAACUUCCAGGCUCAGAGGAUAAAAUGAGAAAUAAAUGUUUUUCUUAUUCAUCCUUUUCCCACCCAUCAUCCCAAAUGCCCAUGUUUCUAAGUAUAUAUGUUGUUGUAACCUAAAGUGAAUAUUUGUUUGCAGUGGUGGCUCAUUUGUCCCAUAUAUUUACAUGCCAUGUCACAAAUAUAUCACAUCAAGCAUAAUUGACAGUCUUUGGUGUAUAUUGCUGCAGUCAAAUAAUAAAGGUAUCUUUAAGUAACUUUUCUACAUUGUGACAAUCCAGGACUUAGACCUCUCAUGCUUGCAGGGGAAAUACUUUACUGUUAAACUAGGACUCAGUACUCAGCAAAGGGGUAACAUGAAACUUGAUGAAUUUGGGCAAAAUUUCCCUGUGUCAUUUCCUUGUGAUGCUUGCAUUAUAGUCCUCUAGUUUCUUUCUGUCUGCUUGUGUAGACUUAAUAAAUUGAUACAACAAUCAGUAGAUCUACUUGCACUGAUCAGAUGUGCUGAAUGAGCUCAUCCACACACCUGUUAGAAUCUUUGAGUAGAUAAGGCCCAAAUCACGCGUUUAGGAGUUUUGAAAAAUAAAAUAGAAGAUUUUUUUUUUAAUUUGCUUGUGGUUUCAAGGGGUAUAACUGAAGCUAUAAAGUGCACCUUCCUAUGAUUCAUAUUAUUCUAUGUUCUGUGCAAUCUGGCAUUAAAUAUCAUUUCUAAAGCUCAUAACCUUUAUUUGAAGGUCACUUUGACCAUUGAGGUCAUCAUUAGGGUCCAAAGGUAUUAUGUAACUUAAGCAGUUCAUACAAAAAGCUAAAUUGGAACUGAUGUGCGUAGUGACACAUCUGUGGCUUAUAAGUUAGAAUAAAGAAUAUAACUGGUCAGUGCUGCCUUCUCCAAAGGUGGCUGAAGGUCAAUGGCUUAAUCCAGUUUUCGCUUCUUUUCAUUCCUGGAGCAAAUCACUUAUUUUAAUCUUAAAUAAAAACAGCUGUGGUCUCUCUGUUUGGUUCCUUAUAAAUGUCAUAGUUAGUGGAGGCCCAGAGUUCUGUCAGAGGUUGUUAUGUGCUUUUUAUUAUGUUUACUCUUAACAAGAUCUCAUCCAAAUCUUAAAAUCAUGUGAAUAAUUAUUUGAGUCUUAUUUUAUUAUGGUGUGGCAUGUUUGAGGCUUAUUUUACCAAACUUCAAGCACUGUUUCUGUGCAGGAAUCCACAGUGAUUCCACAUCUUAUACCUCCUGUAUAGCUUUAAAUAAAGCAACUAUUUCCAAAUAAACAAUGUAAUUUCUGU